AUGGCGUCCCCAUUCCCUUCGUCCCACGAACACUCCACUACCACGCGGGACUAUCUCUUCCGGACCCUCUACCUCCGGCGUGAGAUGUUGCUGCUCGCCACCCACGGCACCGCUUCUGAAAUAACCUCGACUACAAAAGAGAAGGACGAGGAGCAGCCCAGCUCCGCAACCUCGGUAGAGCCAGCGAGCAGCACACGCCAAGAUGUGUUGCUACUGCCACCGCUCUACUCCUUGGAUGGCCUGUCGCUGACGCCGUCCGCUAGCGACGAGUCGGCCUUUGGGGAAGACCCGAUGCUCAAGCAGGACCAUGCGUGGAACGGCCUUGUGCGUGUGCGCUCAUCCUCCUCACCUUGGCACCGUGGCUGCUUUGCAUUCUACGUGUACUUCCCUAGUCGGUAUCCCUUUGAACCGCCCAUUAUCGAGCUCGCCGGGCCACUCCGGAGCCACCCGCUCCUUCAGGAGCGCUGCUUGCAGUGUCUCGGCCAGCGGAGCGGCGCCGCCGGCCAUCCACUCGGAAUUCCCUCGUGCGACAGCGCCGUCACGACGACGCGCUCGGCACCGGCCAGGCGUGUGUUUGUGCCGUUUGAGGAGGUGUACGCCACCAUCGACCCCAUGCGAGUGUCUGUCAUGUCAGUGCUAAUCCGACACAUGCACCUGAUCUUCCACCCAGCCGAGUGGCCUGUCUCGUGGCGACCGCAAUCAAUGGAGGCUGAUCCCACCGCCCACGACUCCAGCACGGUGAAUCACGUUCUCGCCCGCCGCGAUGUGGAGCGGCGCAGUGUGACUCAGGAAGUGCUUCUGCUGAAGCCGUUCGAGCAGUACGUUGGCACCGAAGUGAUGGAGCACUUCCUCAACGUCUGGGAGGCGAGCGAAGGCGACGCUGGCGACGACGUGACGGACACCGCCACCGUUGACGAGGCAGACUGGUACACUCGUGAAGUUCUUCCGCACCUCCUGCACUCCUGA